CUUCUGUCGUAGUUACUAUUACUAGUAUUACAGUUAAUUUUCUAGCUAAACGUUUUAAAAUCUCAUUAUUGUUAAUAUUAUGUUCCCAUUUUAAAGGAAAACAACUUUCUGACACCAAAAUAUGGUAUAAGCAUCUGUCCACAAGGCUAUGAUAUUGUGUAUAGAAAUUUGAAAAGAAACCAAGAAGCUAGCAAUACGUGAUAGAAACCAUGGACAAUUUUACUUUGGAUCUAAAACAUGUAAUUAAAAAGGAAAUGGAGGAAGACAUUUUGUCAGCCCCAACAUCUGAAGAAGAAUCUCCUAAGUUGUCUUGCAUGUCACACUGUGAGCCAAACUGUUCUCUUGAUCAGAGAAACGGGAUGAAAAGACAAUGUAACGGCACAGAAGUUCCAGGAGAAGAAACAGACAAGAAGUUGAAUUCAUCGUCAGACUUGAAACAGGACAUUAGUCAUGAAAUGAGAGAAACAUCAAAUCUUAAUCAUUUCCAGAUGCAGUUUAAAAAACUUAAAGAAAAAACUUUUUUCAAAGAAAAACAAAAACAAGAUAAAGAAAAUAAAUGUCAAACAUGUCUGAAAGUAUUUCCGACAUCUUCAAAAUUAAAAAUACAUCAGAUGGUCCAUAAAGAAGAAAAACCAUUUAAGUGCCAACUAUGUCUAAAAGCAUUUUCAACAUCUUCAAAUGUAAAGAAACAUCAGCUAGUCCAUACAGGUGAAAAACCAUUUCAAUGUCAAAUAUGUUUGAAAGCUUUUUCUCAGUCAUCAAGUUUAAAAGAACAUCAAAAUGUCCAUACAGGUGAAAAACCAUUUACCUGCCAACUAUGUCUAAAAACAUUUUCAGCAUCUUCAAAAUUAAAGAUACAUCGGCGAGUCCAUACAGGUGAAAAACCAUUUCAAUGUAAAAUAUGUUUAAAAACUUUUUCUUAUUCAUCAAGUUUAAAACAACAUCAAGUGCUCCAUACAGGUGAAAAACAAUUUCAAUGUCAAAUAUGUUUGAAAGAUUUUUCUCAGUAUUCAAAUUUAAAAACACAUCAAGUGCUCCAUACAGGGGAAAAACCAUUUAAGUGUCAAAUAUGCCUGGAGUUAUUUUCAAGAUCUCAACAAUUUAAAAAACAUCAAAUGGUCCAUACAGGAGAAAAACCAUUUCAAUGUCAAAUAUGUUUGAAAGCUUUUUCUCAGUCUUCAAAUUUAAAAACACAUCAAGUGCUCCAUACAGGGGAAAAACCAUUUAAGUGUCAAAUAUGCCUGGAGUUAUUUUCAAGAUCUCAACAAUUUAAAAAACAUCAAAUGGUCCAUACGGGAGAAAAACCAUUUCAAUGUCAAAUAUGUUUGAAAGCUUUUUCUCAGUAUUCAAAUUUAAAAAUACAUCAGGUGGUCCAUUCUGGUAAAGAACAAUAUAAAUGUCAAAUAUGUCAGGAAGUAUUUUCUCAGUCUUCAAGUUUUAAACAACACCUUCAGAUUCAUAAUGGUGAAAAACUAUGUCAAUGUCAAAAAUGUCAGAGAACAUUUUCUCACAGAUCAGAUUUAAAAAGACAUCAAUUUGUUCAUAGCCAAAACUCAAAAGAGGAACUUAACUGUCUGACAUGUAAUGCCAUUUUGUCCAGCAAGUUAACAUUAGCAAUACACUUAGAGAGUCAUGUUAAUGGAAAACAAUUCAAAUGUAUCCUUUGCAAUAACAAUUUCUUAUCCCUGCAAGAAAUAAAAAAUCAUUUAAUGAUACACAUUAAUAGAAUGCCUUUGAAAUGUGUACUUUGUAAUAGACGUUUUUGUAAUGCACAACUAGUAGAAAAACAUGUUAGUACACAUUUGAUGUGAAUGUGUUGUCUAGCUUUAGUUUUAAAAUGUAAUAUCGGUAUUUAAAAUAAUUGUUAAUGAUAAUACGGUUCUUUGAGCUAUUAUCGAAGUAUGGUUUUGCUUUCUAUAAUAAUGCUAAUUAUUAUAUGUGUAAAUGUUAACAUUUUAAUGUGAUGAUUUCAUGUUGUUUUUAAUUACCAGUGCUUUAAAAAAAAUUACAAACUAGUUGUAUUAAGUACUAAAUGAAAAAUCUGUAUUUUGUGCCUGACAGAACAACUUGCUCAUGCAGACCUACAUUAAGUAAUACACAUCUAAUGAUUUAAAUGAUAAAAAUAAAUGUCGCAUAACAUGAUCUAUCACCGUCUUAUCUAAUAAAAAUAAAUACAAUGUUUGUUCAAAAAAAGAAGAUAAUUAUACAUAUUACAAUUUUAUAGUUUUAGCAUGUUUUGUGCUUCAUUCCUAAAUAAAGCGUGUGCAUAUUUUUUAUUGUUUUGAAAACUUAAGUAUUCAGGAAAAAACAGGAGCUAGUGACCUAUUGGCAGAUUGUGGCACACUGUGCUACAGCCUGGCCGAGCCUACAGCGUUACUGAUGUCAAACUUUAUCAGAUAUUCUGUUACCUUGGUCACAUCAGCUGUGCAGAUAGGGGGGAAAUGCUGUGUGGGCGACAUCGUUCUGACCAUAAACAAUGCCCUAGCUUUUGUCUCGCUGUUUGAGAUGAACCAUAUAGUCGUUCGACGACUGAAGGAGGCCAAUAAAACAUUGGCUUGUGAUUUAUAUUCUUAUAAAAAUCUAUUUUAUAGUCUUAUAAAAAUCUGUUAAAUGCUCAAAAUAAAUGUUCUCUAAUUAUUUUUGUCAUCAUAAAUUUAGAAUAAUAUAUUAUUAAUUAAUUCAAUUUUUAAACACUUUGUCAUAUAUUCCCUUAGAUUUUAGUUUUAAUGUGGUGCAAAUCUUUUUAUUUAUUUUUAGAUAGAUUAGAUAAUUUGAAAAGAUGUUUCAUUCUCAUUGUUUUGCCAUCUAUAAUUUAAUUUAAAAAGUAAUAUGUCACACAUUUUUUUUUUAAUUCCAAUUUCAUAUUUCCAAUGUGAAUGCCAUGUCAAGAGAUCACAAAAUAUGAAUUAGUUCAUCUUAAGUUAGUUACAUUCCUUGUUCGAGAAAUACAUUCUUAUUGAAAUA